CAUUAAAAACAUUUCGGACAGAAGCAAAAUGUCUGGCGACAGUAGUGAAAUAGAGAAAACGAUCUGUGACGUCUUGAGGCGAAACGGCAAAAGCAACGCGUUGAAAAUUGCGAAAGAAAUCGGACUAGAUAAACGCAUCGUGAACAAGCAUUUGUACAGCCUACAGAAAUCAAAUCAGGUGUCAGGAACUAACGAGACGCCUCCAGUUUGGGAUCUUCUGGAGAAGACGACUGAGAUCAAACAGACACUCAAACCAGAGCAAAAGCCUCAGACGACAAGAGACACAAGUGAGGAGAAACCUGUGGAGGAUCUGCUGAGAUCAGGAGGUUUGAAAGCCCAUCAGAUCGCCAGAGACCUGGGACAGUCGAGACAAGGCCUCAAGGUGUGGACUCAGAAUAAGGAGUGGAGCGAGGAAAGUUCCAGCCAAGAGAGUUCCAGUGAUCAUGCACUCGACUCAAUUUCAGGAUUGUCUCAUAGCUUUGAUGUGAUUGCAAAGCUUGGCCAGGGAGCCUUUGGCUGCGUUUAUAAAGUAAAACAUAAAUAUGAUGGCAAGAUCUACGCUGUAAAGAGGGUGAUCUUAACCAGGAAAGCUGAUUCUGAGGUGAAGGCACUGGCCCGACUAGAUCACCAAAACAUAGUGCGUUACAUUACAUGCUGGCCAGCUUCUGACAACUGGAUGUCAAACCAAGAAAGAGAGCAAGUGUCCAACACACCAGGUUCUUCAUCAGAUGUAGUGACCUUUGAGAGAGCCAGCAGUGGAGAGAGGGAUGAUGAUGAUGAUGAUGAUGAUCCUGAUAACAUACUGUUUGGUGCUGAUGGCAAAGUGAAGAUCGGAGACUUUGGGCUGGUGGCGGCUCAGACCGAUCAAAAUGGUGACCCUAUAGAGAGGUCAAACAAUGAACACCACCUGAGUCCUGAACAGAAAAGUAAGAAGAAUUAUGAUGAAAAAACAGACAUAUUUCCCCUUGGACUCGUAUGGUUUGAGAUGAUCUGGAACAUAUCUACUGGUAGCGAGAGAGAGAAGCUGUGGCCAGAUCUACGAAAUCAAAGGUUUCCAGAAGGGUUUAGUGAUUGGUAUCGAACUGAAUGUACAUUCAUCAAGAAGAUGCUGUCAUAUUCACCAGAGCACAGGCCACAUUCAAAAGACAUAAAAGAAAACCUUCCGAAGUCAGAGAGGUCAGAGAGCGCCAAGAUCAAUCUCAGACAAAUAUGUGAAAUAACUUUCAGAUUUCUACUAGAUUUCUUCUAAUAUAUUUUAAAUAUUUCACAAGUUUCAAAAGUUCAGUCUAAUUUUUUUCAUCAUAAAAAAACAUUAUUACAAUGUUGUGAGGUUACUUGCAGAAAUCCGAGUAAGAACGUAAUUUCACAACAUUUCUAUAAUGUUGGCUGCAUAAAAUUAAGAUGCAUUUGAAUCUUAGAUGUAAUUGCAACUAAAAUACAAUGUUUCUUAAAGUUACAGUUGUUUGGUUACAGUGUAAACAAACUACAAUCAAUAUGCAAUAUUGUAUAAAGUGAAAACAUUUUGUGCUGGCUGAGAAGAUUGCUGCUCAAGCUGACUCUCAGCCAUCAGGCAUUUCUUGACAAAUAUACUCUGUAUGUUGGGUGGAAUAAAAAGGGGGAAAAAAGUGUUAUAAAUAUCAACAGACAUAUUGGAUAAAAUAUUAAACUCACAUUUUGUAAGAAAUUAUGUUACUUUUCUUUCAGUAUCACAAUGACAAAACAACCAUAGGGUUACAUUUGAACAGUAUUUCAAUGCUUUAGUUUGAGAGGAUACCAUUGUGCCUUGUAAAAUAUAACA